AUGCCAAUCACCUACACAGCCUUCAAAGGCUCCCCCUCCGGCACAAUCCAAGAGGAGACCGUCUGCCACCGCGACCUCCAGCACGAUGAAGUCCUCGUCCGCAUAACGCACAGCGGCGUCUGCGGCACGGACGAACACACGCGCCACACCCACCGGACGCUUGGCCACGAAGGCGUCGGCGUCAUCGAGAAGGUCGGCAGUGAGGUAGUAGGAUUUGCGCCAGUUGGCAUCGGCUACGUGCGAGGUGGCUGCGGAGCCUGCAAAGAAUGCCGCCUAGGCUACAACUUCUACUGCGUCACCAAACCGAACAACUACGGCUUCGACAAAGGCGACGAGGACGUUGCGACGUGGGCUUCCCACGCCGUCCUCCCCACAAUCCGUCUCGCCAAGAUCCCCGAUGCAAUCCCCUCCGAGUAUGCGGGCCCGCUGAUGUGUGCGGGUCAGACUGUCUGGCUGCCGUUUGCGCGAACCGACAUCCGACCCUGGCAUACGGUUGGGAUUUUGGGGAUUGGUGGUCUGGGGCACUUGGCCAUCCAGUUCGCUAGUAAGAUGGGAUGUAAUGUCGUGGUAUUUUCUGGGUCGGAGAGCAAGCGGGCGGAGGCCAAGAAGCUAGGUGCGAAUAAAUUCUACACAGCAGAGGAUCUCGAGAAGGAGGAUAUGCCAAAGGGUUUCGUUGAUCAUCUGCUGGUGACGACGAGCCAGAUGCCGGAUUGGAAAGUGUACCACUCGGUCUUGGCUAACCGCGCCUACAUCUAUCCUCUGACCAUCUCAACCGACGACUUCAAGAUGAAUCAGUUCUCCAUGAUCCAGAAAGAGAUCACCGUUCGAGUGCUGUGUGCUUCGACCAUCGUACAGGUCAACGAGAUGCUGGGGUUUGCGGCUCGACACGAGAUCAGACCUAUCAUUGAGGAGUUUCCGAUGACACUGGAGGGUAUCAAUGAGGCGAUGGGCAAAUUGGCGGCUGGGAAGAUGCGGUAUCGGGGCGUGCUGAAGGUUUGA